CCCCCUCCCCCCUUCUUACUUCUUCUUCUUCGGUCCGUCCCUCCCCCCUUUCUUUUUCUUCUCAAACCCACACACUCCAUCCCUUGUUCUUCUUCAACCCCCUUUUGAUCUGACACAAAUUUCAUAUUCCUCUAUUUGAAUUUAGAAAUGCUUCUCUCCAAAAGAUUUGAUAUUUAUAGGAUGACUUUAGUUUUUUAUAUAAUGGGCAGGAACAAUAGAGUAAAUGAAUGAGUUCAGUCUUUAAACUCUGAAUGGCUAUGAAAUACGAGGCCGGGGUGAGGUGGGGGUGUGGCCGGUGGGAGAAGAAGAAGGCAGGGGGUGGGCUUAAGAAGAAGAAGAACGAAGGGAAAGGGAGGGGCUGGGGCGGGCUGAAGAAGAGAAGAAAAAAGAGAGGUGGGCUUAAGAAGAAGGAGGGGGUGGGGUGCGCUGAAGAAGAACAGAGGGGGGAGGGCUGGUUCCGCAGGAUGAAGGAAGAAAAGAAAUGAUGGGAAGAAAAAAGAAAAUAAAGCCAAUUUGACGGUUUUCCCUAUAUAAUAUAAGGCCGUUUGCCGUUCUCCCCCAAUGCAGUGAGUGAGGAUGCUCUCCAGAUUCUUUUUCCAAAUUGCUGACGGGAAGUCCGCCAGGUGGUUCGCGGCGGCGAAAUUUUUCGGCAACACUCUUCCGGCCUCGAAGCUAUGAAUCCGGCUUGUAACCGUCACUUCACGACUUAGCCGCCUUUGUUCCAGAUCUGCAAGUGACAGCAGCUCAUUUGAUUGCUCAUUUGAGAGCUGAACAACCAAUAGAGACAUUUACUGAAAGUAUGCGGGAAUGACAAAUGUGCUGAUUGUGGUACUACUGAACUCGAUUGGGCAUCCUUGAACCUUGGUGUUCUUGUCUGCAUUGAAUGCUCAGGCGGACAUCGCAACCUUGGUGUUCAUAUAUCCAAGGUUGUUGAUUGUCGAGUUUAUGGUGAUCCACACUAGAUGAUAAUUAUCCUUGACGCGUAUGAAGGGACUCUAGAUGAUAAUUAUUCCCAGGAAAUGAAUGUUGCGAGCAUGGGGAAAUGCUGCUUUACCCUUGACAGUUGAUAAGCUGGGAUACAAGGAGCAAGAUGGCCAUCUUCUUUUAAAGCUUUGCCAUUUUGAAGAAGUGAAAAGAUUGCAUAAGAUGUUACUGUCUAUGAACCCUGAUAAUUACAGCUUUCCGGUGGGGGACAAAUGCUUUAUUCUCCAUUGAGUGCAAGUGCUCCCUUCAAGGUCUUUUUGAUGAAUAUUAACACGCAGUUGGAUGACAAGGCUAUGUUAAUACUGAUAGUAGUAAGAUGGAUUGUUGCUAACACGGGAAAUUCAUCCGAACCAUAUAUGAUUGAAAUCGUUAUCAUUGAGGAGCCUGUGCAGGAAGAAAACUAAUAAUGGUGAUGAAGAAGAGAUUAAAGUAUGGAUCGAAUGGUUACCGGUUUCCUGUUGUACCUGGAGCACCUAGAUCAUGUAGAAGGAGGUAUACCCCAAGUGAGGAAGAUAACCAAAUCUGUGCAUUUGAAUUGUUGGCGGCUGUUGCUGGCAAACUCUUACUGGAGAGUGAAAGCUCUGCUUCCAGUAAUGCAACUGAAGGAAAAGAUGGACCUGCAAUGCAAACCACACUGGAAAAUUAUAAAGACCAUAUGGUAUUUUCUGGGCUUCAACCAGACCACAAAGCUUUGGAGUCGGAGUACCUUGAUCAAGGAAUUUGUGUGGAAAGUGCGAUUUCACCCCCCAAAGCUGAAUUCCAAGAGCAGAAAAUCAAGAACGUACCGAUGGAAAGUGUCCGGUCUUCACAUUCAGAAAAAAUUCCCAUGUCAGAAAAAGUUUCUUGCAUAAAAUUGGAGAGCCUUAAGCCUUUCAAUGCAGAUGGAAUUGUCAAAUGUGAAGUGGAAGGUGUUAAUAUUGACAACACAACUGUUUUGCUGCAUGGUAUUACACCCACCGAUUCUGGGGGUACUGGCAGCGAUUUUGUAAAUGAACCCAAAGAAUAAAGAUGUUUAUUGAUAUAAAAAAAAGAUUUUACAUUUGUUGUUGAAUAUGACAUUUGUUUUCAUAUUUUUUUAUCACCAGUAAAA